AUGCCGCAGCUGCCGGGGGCCGGGGGCGGUGGGGGGGACCCGGAGCUCUGCGCCACCGACGAGAUGAUCCCCUUCAAGGACGAGGGGGACCCCCAGAAAGAGAAGAUCUUCGCUGAGAUCAGCCACCCCGAGGAGGAGGGCGACCUGGCCGACAUCAAGUCCUCCCUCGUCAACGAGUCCGAGAUCGCCCCCGGCGCCAACGGGCACGAGGUUUCCAGGCAGACUCAAGCACAGGAUUCCUACCAUGAUAAAGGCAGAGAACAUCCCGAGGAAGGAAAGCAUCCAGAUGGUGGCUUAUACAGCAAGGGACCAUCAUACUCUGGUUAUUCUGGGUAUAUCAUGAUGCCAAAUAUGAAUAACGACCCAUACAUGCCUAAUGGAUCUCUGUCGCCACCCAUCCCCAGAACAUCCAACAAGGUGCCCGUGGUACAGCCUUCUCAUGCGGUUCACCCCCUCACCCCUCUUAUCACCUACAGCGAUGAGCACUUUUCCCCGGGGUCACACCCGUCUCACGUCCCCUCUGAUGUCAGCUCCAAACAAGGCAUGUCCAGGCAUCCUCCAGCUCCUGAUCUCCCUACAUUCUAUCCCUUGUCUCCAGGGGGGGUUGGACAGAUAACACCACCUCUUGGCUGGCAAGGUCAGCCUGUAUAUCCCAUCUCGAGUGGAUUCAGGCAGCCCUACCCAUCCUCACUCUCAGUCGACCCUUCCAUGUCCAGGUUUUCACAUCACAUGAUUCCUGGUCCUCCAGGCCCUCACACAACUGGAAUCCCUCACCCAGCUAUUGUAACACCUCAAGUAAAACAAGAACAUCUGCACAAUGACAGUGAGCUAAUGCAUGUGAAGCCUCAGCAUGAACAGAGAAAAGAACAAGAGCCAAAAAGACCUCAUAUUAAGAAACCUCUGAAUGCUUUCAUGUUGUACAUGAAAGAAAUGAGAGCAAACGUUGUAGCAGAGUGUACUCUGAAAGAAAGCGCAGCUAUCAACCAGAUCCUUGGCAGAAGGUGGCAUGCUCUCUCCCGUGAAGAACAAGCAAAAUAUUAUGAACUAGCUCGUAAAGAAAGGCAGCUACACAUGCAGCUUUAUCCAGGCUGGUCUGCAAGAGACAACUAUGGGAAGAAAAAGAAGAGGAAGAGAGAGAAGUUGCAGGAAUCAGCAUCAGGUGGGAAAAGAAAUGCUUUCUCAACUUGCAAAGCAAAGGCGGCGACACCAGGACCCCUUCUGGAGAUGGAAGCUUGUUAA